AUUUAAUGUGGAGUUGAUAGGGCAGCGCAAUUAGUUAGAAAUAUUAUAUUUUCUUAUUAAUAUCCUAUGAGUAAAUCUCUUUUAUAAUGGAAAGAGGAAAAAAAUAACUAUAAAGAAGCUCAAAUUUUCAAAGCUUUCAAAACAAAUGGCGUCAAAAAAUUCACCAACUUCUCUUCCUCCUCCACCCUUCCCCUUCGGGAAUUGCGAGGUUUUUCUGGAAGCCAAGAAGUUCACCUCCACCCAAAACAGCCUGCAGAUCACCUUCACCAAGAAUGUCAAAGUGAAAACCUCAGGAUCUAACAAGAACUGCAUUCGAUCUCUGGGUUGCCAGAAUGCCAGUUGUUUGGAACUUCUUGGUUUUAAUAUAGGGAAAAUAUUGAUUUUAAAUAAAAGUGGAGAGGAGAUAAUGUCAAAAGAUAUUCAUCUUCAACAGAAGGAACUACGAAAAGGACACGGGAGUCCUCGCAUACCUCAUUGAAUCCGAAGAGGCUGAAGGGUUGCCAUUUCAUUGAGUCUCAAUCAAAUAUUAGGAUUGUCUCUCUGGAGGUGUUGGAAGAAAGUGUGUUUCUAGUUGGAGUUGACUCCAUGAAAACAAAUUAUUGGUGGAUGAAACAUCCUUGACAACUUGGAAGAGAAUUAUAAAGAAUGUGCAGCUGCAAAUGCCAAGUCAGAAACGCUUGACGGUAAAUUUCCAUCAAGAGAUAUGUGCUUCAGAGUAUUGCAGAUGACAUUGUUUUUUUUUUUAGGUAAAAGGUAAAUUGUAUUGCAUAUGGAAGACUGUCUCGUAUUUACACCCAUGUAUAGAUUUCUCUAUCAAAACCCCAACAAAACAAGCUAUGCCUAACAAAGCCUAAAUAUUACAAAAGAGAUUAAGACUGUAAUAAGUAUUGUUCAUUAGUUUUCAUCUUCUUCAGCUUGCCUCGCAUUCUCCACUUAAGCUCAUUCCGA